AUGUCUCCUGGCCGACUAUUCAAAGCCUUGACUCCAGAGAAGCUUUCAAAACAGGUAGCGCUCUCAAUAGAGAACCAUGAGAAUGAGUUGGCCGCUAUCAAUAAACAUAUUCACGAUAACCCAGAGAUACGAUUCCAAGAGGUCCAAGCCCACAAUUGCAUUUGUGACCUGCUAGAAGGAUUAGGAUACUCGGUGACAAGACAUGCUUAUGGGAUCGACACAUCAUUUGAAGUCGAAUACGGCAAAGACGGACGGAUUGUUGUAUUUAAUGCUGAAUACGACGCACUACCAGGCAUAGGCCAUGCAUGUGGCCACAAUCUAAUUGCCACAAGCUCGAUUGCAUCGUUCAUUGCAACCGCCGAGGCUAUUCGUGACAACGGGAUUAGUGGACGAGUGAGACUAUUGGGGACUCCAGCAGAGGAAUCUGGAGGAGGAAAAAUAAAACUGAUCAAGUCAGGUGCUUACCGAGGAGUCGACGCGUGCAUCAUGUCCCAUCCAGGGCCAGCCUCUUCAACACACUACGACGGGACCAAGAUUUCUGACGGAAUAGCAGCAACCAGAUCGCUCGCCCGGAAAAAAGUGAAUGUCACAUUCAAGGGGAAGAACGCUCAUGCCGGGCUCAAUCCUUGGGAUGGGGCCAACGCGCUUGACGCCGUGGUGGCCUCCUAUGUCAACAUUUCUUUGUUGAGGCAGCAGCUCCAGCCAACAGCACGUAUUCAUGGCGUUGUUCGCAACGGUGGCAUGGAGCCCAAUCUCAUUCCCGACGAAGCUAGCCUCGAGUAUUUCAUCCGGGAUGCAAGCGCUGCCGGUGUGACCAAUAUAGCGAAAAAUGUCGACGCUUGUUUCUGUGCCGGCGCGCAAGCAACAGGCUGCCGUCUGGAAUGCACCUGGGACGAGUAA